UCAACCCAAGAACCAUCCAGUCCAGUUUUCUGCAUCAAACAGUAGCCGAUGCCAGAUGCUUCAAAAGAAGGUCCCCAGUGGAACCCUUCCCGUAUUGGCCUGCGACUAGAACGCAAUGGGCCCUAUUUGAAGGAUUCCGUUAGCAUUCAAAGCUUGGCAGUUUCCUCCAUCAUUACGCUGUAUUUUACAGAUCUGGGUCAGCAGGUCAGUUGGACCACAGUUUUUCUGACUGAAUACAGUGGGCCUCUACUAAUCUACUUGCUCUUUUACAUUCGUCUCUCAAGUAUUUAUGUUGAAGAGGAGAGUACGGAGAGCUUCCGCCACCCAGUAGUUCACUUGGCCUGCUUCUGUCAUUGUUUACACUAUGCCAGACAUCUUCUAGAGACGUUAUUUGUUCACAAGAUUUCUGGAGGGCACACGCCUCUGAAAAACAUGAUAAAGGGCUGUGCCUUUUACUGGGGAUUCACUUCUUGGAUUGCUUAUUAUGUCAAUCACCCCAGAUACACUCCACCAUCAUUUGGCAACAGGCAAGUUAUUUUUGCUGCCCUCACUUUUCUGAUGUGUGAAGCUGGAAAUCAUUUUAUCAACGUCGCUUUAGUCCAACAAAAUCACUCAGGGAAUAAAGCCUCUUUUCCAAGUCCAACUUACAACCCCUUCACAUGGCUAUUCACACUGGUUUCCUGUCCCAACUACACGUAUGAGAUUGGGUCUUGGAUUAGUUUUACGGUGAUGACACAAACGCUGCCAGUUGGAAUUUUUGCUUUCCUGAUGGCCAUCCAGAUGUCCCUCUGGGCCCAAAAGAAACACAGGCUCUACCUGAAGAAAUAUAAUAUGGGUUCACUUAGGAAAACAGCCAUGAUUCCAUUCAUCUUCUAAGCUCUUAAACAGUGAAUAUGGGAUUCUACUGCUUGGAGAACUGAUUCUGGAAACAAAUGAACUCUUUCAUUUAGUAACCAAAGAAGACUUAGGCAAGAAUUGUUGGGUAUCAUUUUCAGACAAUUAACAUCAGAAGUGGGCAUUUUGAAUUAAGUGAACAGAAUGUGGCUUUGAACCCUCGGUUUGUGUUAGAAGAUAUGAUUGAAUUAGAUUUUGUGCAAUGGAGCUAAUCAGGAAGACAGGAAACUCUGUCCUGUGAAUGUUGGGCCAAAUCACCAGCUGGUGUCAAUGGGGGUUGCUCUGUUUCAAGCCCGUGGGGUGAUGCUGAUCUGCUCCCUGUGAGGUUAAGGUUCAAUAGCAAAUGCAGAUCAGAUUCUGAGCGUUUUGCAUUGCAGGAAAUGCCACAGCUUUAACUGCAUUCAAAGCAGAAUGUUCUGCGUAAAUCCCUCUAAGGUGUACCACCAAACAGUGUUGGUUUAUAGAGUAUUAAUUAGGGUAGCUUUGCAGUUUUGUUUUACUGAACCAAUUUCUGAUGACUAGCAAGUUGUUUGAUGAUGCAAACUGGCUUAAACUCAGCACUGUGGAGAAGUCUGUUUUUUUUUCCCCAGGAGGCAGCAUGGCCUCAGCGGAUCAAGUGAGUAUCAGGCGAAUGAAGUUCUAAUUCCAGUCUUAUGAACAUAAGCACUAGCAGAAUGGGUCAGACCAAUGGUCCAUCUAGCCCAGUAUUCUGUCUCCAACUGUGGCUGGUACCGGAGUGUCAGGGGGAGUGCUCAAAACAGGGCAAUUAUGGUGUGAUCCAUCCUUCUCUUCCCCUCCUGGCUUCUGGUAGUCCCAGGUUUAGGGUCACCCCAAGUAUGGCCCACCUUGCCAUGUAUGUGCUCUUGUGCCAUGAGGAAAUCACUUGAAUCCAGAUGAUGACACCAACUCUCAUGCUGAAUUAAUCACACCAGAAUUAAUGGAACUGUUUGUGCAGUAAGUUUCUACUCAGUGUGAGUAAUGGGAUCAGACAUUGGUCUGUAACCUCUCAGUGCCUCAGACUUUCCAUCUCAGGCUAACAUUUAUCCUCUGUUUAUAAAGCACUUUGAGAUCGUGAGGUGUAACCUGUACCUAAAAACUAAUUAUUCCUGAAAGGGAGAGGAUCCCCACCAGAAUUCAGGGCCUAUCUUGGUUCAAACAUGCCAGGGCAGAUACUCAGCUGGUGCAAGUGGGCAACGCUUCAUGAAUCUCGUUUGGCAUCGCGUGCAUCUUGAGGUUGCUUUUGGAAAUCAAGCCCUGGUUUGAGUUGCUUAGUCAGUUCUUUCUUUGCUUUUCUUUUUUGAGUGUCAUUAUUCUUUUCAAAGGGACGGUCUU